GCAGUCUUGCUUCAGUAGAAAUCCUGCUACGGCAAAUUCUAAUGGCAAUUCUAAUGGCAAAAUUUAUGGUCCAUUACCUACUUCAUUUUUUGCAGCUACAGCUAAGCGUUGUAUUUGAUUUAUUUCAACGAUUGGUGUCUAACCUACUUAACAUAUAGAGAGAAAGGAUGUCGCGGUCUUCAUCCUCGAUGGAUCGGACCUGGGCUGCCUGGGCUUCGCUGUCUGUUGCUGGCGCAGCAGCUACUGGGACAGCACUCUACUUGCACUGGAGAAGAAGGCGUGAUGCUGAAAUCUUACUAGAACAAGAAAAGCAGAGAGAAAAGCAGAGUGGCGAAGAUGAAGUACUUAGAAGCAGUAACCGACAGGAUCAUGAGAGGCCAACAGUACAAGCGUCGCGGCCACCAGAGGACACAUCAUUAACACCCGGUAGUAGUUCGGAAGGAAUAACCUCCCCCGACCAUGGACCACAAAGCCAAGAACAACUGGAAAUGAGAAGAACCCUCGUUCUUUUCGGACAUAGCAAUAGUUUGAGCGAACGUCUAGCGACUAUCGCUGCGAUGGCUUUGGGCACAGUAGGUGCGAAAAGAAGUGCUGGUGAAGACGAUGAUGAAGUUCCACUGUUCAAUCGUGUAACUAGAGAAACCGUGAAGUUAGCACCUCGUACUAGCGAUGUGCCAGCGGUGCAGCUGACCCGAUUUGACCAGGUAGAUUUGGAGGACUUUGCAUUCUUCGACCAGAUCGUGUUUGUGCUGGCAACCUUUGACGACGGUCCCCCAGAACCAGCUCGAGUGCUGUGCGAGCAGAUCGGCGAGGCCGCAGUAGACCAUCGUUUUGGAAGUGCGACACUGCGACAUCUAGGUAGUGGUAGCAGCGCGUGUUCUAGUAGUACUGCGCGUGUUCUAGUAGUCGGUCUUGGCGACUGGAAUUAUGGCAGAGAACUCUACUGCAGCGAAGCGGUAAGGUUAGCCGAGAAUUUGAAGAAGCUAGGUGCGACGAAACUGCGAUUAGAAAAGGUCGAUAGCGCAAGCUAUUUGGACGAUGAGGAAUCAUCCUCAACAACAGCACCCGCUGAAAAAGAGCCAACAGCCACGCCUCUAGAACGCAUGGAACGGCUAGUGAUUCAAACUGUAGUCCAGUCAUUGUUAUCGCCAACAGCAGCCGUGAAUGAAGAUUCUGUGGAAAGUCGAGAGGGAGCGAACGAGGAACCUUCAGGUUGCUGUCAAGGAGGAGGUGGUAGUUCAUCGGGAGGCGGUUGUUGUCAAUCUAGUAGUAGCUCUAGUGGCCACAAGAACUCUGCUGCCAAGUCGCCCUCUAGUGCCUCCACCACUCUACCGGGAACUCCAGAUGGACAAACCGUGGACAAACCGGGAGGCGAAACUUUCUCUGAGAGCGAGACAGAGUCUGAGGAAUAUAGUGAUUCAGACGAAGGUGAUAGUGAUGCGGAGAUGUUUGGCUCUGGACAAAAUGAUGCUGCAAACAAGGAUCCUCUCUUUGUUCAAGAAGAUGUGGAAGAUUUUUUAACGGAAAAUGCACAAAGUAGUUGCAGCAGCGGAACAACGGUUGGAGCGGCGAAAAAUGGAAAGCAAGGGGACGCGACAGCGGCAGGUAAGAAUUUUGUUUGCUCUUUUGAUCUUAUGGAAAUCUAAGAACUCUUGGAAUGAUACUACCGUAAAAAUUGAGAUUGUUAUCCUCGUAUUCAGUUAUAUAUAGUACAACACAAGUUGUGAAGAUGGUCAACAUCCUUGUAUUCACACAAUUUUUAGGACUUAUUUCUGCUAUCAAAAGAUGAUGUCUCACUACUACUUUGAAAACCUAAAUCAGCCCCGGUGAAGAAAAAGAAGAUGUUGUCAACGCGCCAGCGCGAGAAUCUAGCAAAGGAGGGUUACAAAGUCGUCGGCCAGCACUCAGCAGUGAAGCUCUGUCGCUGGACGAAGCAUCAUUUGAGAGGCCGGGGCGGGUGCUACAAACACACCUUCUAUGGGAUUGCCUCUUUAUCCUGCAUGGAAGCUACGCCAUCCUUAGCAUGUGCUAACAAGUGCGUCUUCUGUUGGAGACACCAUAAGAACCCAGUGGCGAAAAGGUGGGAAUGGGAAAUGGAUGAACCGAAACUCAUAGUAGAAAACUGGCUAGCAGAGCACGCAAAGAUGGUAAAACAGCUAAAGGGUGUACCCGGCGUUACACCCGAACGGUUCGAACAAGCGAAAAAGAUCCGGCAUUGCGCUCUUUCCCUCGUAGGCGAACCCAUCAUGUAUCCGAAAAUUAACGAGCUGCUCCACCUGCUGCACAAGGAGAAGAUCUCUACAUUUUUGGUGACCAACGCGCAAUUUCCAGACGAGUUGAGAGCCUUGGGUCCAGUGACGCAAUUGUACCUCAGUAUCGACGCGCCAACUAGAGAAACCCUGAAAGCGGUGGAUAGGCCUUUGAAAGAGGAUUUCUGGAGCUUGUUCUUAGACUCCAUUGAUGCUCUACGAGAAACGAAAUUCUCCAGAACGGUGUUCCGGCUGACGCUGGUACAACUGCUCAUACUUGCUCUUAUUCUUAUUCUUAUUAAGUCUACUUAUACUAUUAUGGUUAUUUCUGGAGCUUGUUCUUAGACUCCAUUGAUGCUCUACGAGAAACGAAAUUCUCCAGAACGGUGUUCCGGCUGACGCUGGUACAACUGCUCAUACUUGCUCUUAUUCUUAUUCUUAUUAAGUCUACUUAUACUAUUAUGGUUUUGUCGUCAUCGUCUGAAGCAUGAUGAAGACGAUUUCAUUCAGCAUCUACGAACUCUCAUGUUCUUCAGCGUGAUUUCCCAUAUGAUCUCCUCGCAUCGUUUCCUUAUUGUUGUCAACAGGUGA